AGAGCGUGCGCCUCCGCGCGGGCGCGUGGCCUGGCCGCGCGGGGGCGCCAUGGCGGACAGGCCUCGCAGUGCUCGGGCCGCUUCCGAGCGGCGCCCCUGGGCGCGCCGCCGCCGCGGCCAGAGGGCGCUGGCGUGGCUGGCUGGGCUGACCUCAGCCGGUGGGGUGGCGGCGCGCGAGGCGUCGUGCGACGCGGACUCUGGCUCCUGUGCCGCGCCGACCGGUACCUCUGAGGGGCUGGCGUGGCAGCCGCGGACCCUGAGCGUGGUGCUGCCGUGCGCGAACGAGGGCGACUUCGCCAAGAAGACGAUCCAGGCGGUGUCGGAUUCCGUCCCUGGCGGCAGCGGUGGGGACAUCUUGUCUGACAUUGUCGUGGUCGACGACGCCAGCGACCCGCCGCUCUCGAAACUUCUCUCCCCGAAGUUCUUGAAGGCGCAUCACGUGACCCUGGUCCAGCACACGAGGACGCAGGGCCUAAUAGUCUCUAAGUCGGAUGGCGCCGCCGCGGCCGUGGGCGACAUCGUAGUGUUCUUUGAUUGCCACGUGGCGCCGCAGCCAGGGUGGCAUGCUGAGUUUCUCAAGGCCAGUGCAGAGAACUACCGCAGGGUCGUGGUCCCUGUUAUCACGAGCCUGAACAUAGACACGUGGACUGAGGAGGGGAAGGGUAUGAUCCCGGGCCUGAACAAGUGCUACCUCACUUGGGACGCGGACUUCAAGUGGAUGGUCGCCGAAGGACCAGAGAUCCCAGUCUUGUCUGGCGGCUUGCUCGGCAUCAGCAAGAGGUGGUGGAACGAGACAGGCGGCUACGACAGUGGCAUGCGGGGUUGGGGUGGCGAGAACAUCGACCAGUCCGUAAGGACGUGGCUCUGCGGCGGAGAGAUCCACGGUCUGCCCAACGCCCGGGUCGCCCACAUGUGGCGCGUGCCAAGCGACCCGCGGACCCAGGCCACUUACCAGGUGAACGUCAUGGACGUCUUGAGGAACCGCGCCCGCGCGGCCAGGGGGUGGUUCGGGGAGUUUGCGGAGAAGCUCGAGCAUUACCCAGACAUGCGUUACGCGGGCAACGUCGCUCCGGGGGACCUCGCCUCCUUCCGGGAAGUGCAGGAGAGGCUGCGGUGCCGCCCGUUCGCAUGGUACAUCUGGCGCUUCGGGGAGAUCUACCACGGUGCGGGGCUGCUCCCGAGGGAGACCUUCCGGGUCAGACACGUCAAGACCUCGAAGUGCCUGACGUACCUUGGGCCCGGCGCCACGCACCCGCAGGGGCGUGACAAGGUGGCGCUCCAGCCCUGUGGCACCAGCGUUGCCAGGGGGAGAAAGUGGCCCAACGGCCCCCCCGACGCCCAGCGCUUCCACCUAGCCAACUGGAAGCAGGGGACGAGCGAGUGCUGUAGCGGGCUGCGGGUGUGGAGCACGGACCAGUGCACUUACUUCAUGCCCAAAAACGGCGAGCUGGGGACCUCAGUUUGUGAUCUCGCUGGUCGGCAGGGGGCCAUGAAAGUGACGGACGGCACAGAAGGGUUGGCCCCAGGGCAGUUGAUGUUCUCCUACGGCUCGGGGGCCCAGACCAUGUCUUGGUGCGUGACCAAGGCCAAAGGCGGAUUCAAGGGUGGCAGCUGUGCCAAGCUGUCCAAGGACCAGAAGAAGAUGCAGAGGCCAGUUUGGGACAUCAUCGAGCCGGACGUACCCGUGGAGACGAGGUUGUAUGAGAAGGCCAUGGAAGAGAUGCCCGAGCUCUUCGCUUGAGCUGCCCGUGCCAUUCGCAGGAGAGGUCCAGAGGUGAAACAUGCUACCUCAAAAAUGUAUUCGUAGAUGAGCGAGUGGCCCAUUGCCAACUCACCACAUGCUUGUCGGAUUCCGUGCUUCGCGAUUCUUGCCCAUUGUGUGCACAUGUUGCAAGGGCAUACGCUUUUCUUGGCCACUGUGUUGGCGGGGCAGCACCG